CCCAUUUGCUACUCGGCCAAGGUACGGGUGAAUUCAAGAGCCGGAGGCACUUCACGAUUACAACGUCAAACGAACCGCGAUUCAACGAUCAGAUACUGCCCGACCCGCGCAAAGCCCGACACAUACUCAAUUGGCUCAAGAUGGCGUCGGGAUACGGCAUGAACGGCGGCGUUGGCCGCUGCUUUCCCUUCUGGCAAGAGGUUAUGGGAUGCUAUGUGGUCAACACCACUGCCGCUGAUGACUCUGGCAAGAAGAAGUGUGGUCUGGUUCUCGAAGAUUACUAUGAGUGCCUCCACCACAAGAAGGAGCAUGCUCGAGCUCUCGCCAUGCAAGCCGCCUACGCCCGAAGCGAAUCCGCCACAGCGCGCGAUGAUGCGCCCAGCGUUAAACAAAUAAGGAGUCUAGGACUCAUCGACAAGGACGAAGACACGAAGAAGGUGCUGGGACAAAGCUAGACGACGGAUGGAUCUGGAGAUACUCAAUGAAUGAUACUCGAAUGCUAUUUAUGCUAGCCGAAUUACCUGUAUCGCUCAGCUACAUGUGAAGGAAUAAACUUUGGUUUCGCUCAAGCUGCCCAUUGUGACAACGCCCAAACCAGCUGGAACUUAUGACAAGCCAUCAACGCUCGGACUGCCAGUUCCUUCGAUAUGAAACAACUAUUUAGUAAUACAUUUUUGGGAAAAUUCUACAGCAAUACCGCCAAGCAGGUUAGCAUUGUGCUCAGAA